GAGGUCCAAUGUCCAAGUCAAAGUGUCCGAACGAUCCGAAUAAUUUAAUAAAGAGAAAAAUCGAGCGGCUUUAUUCGCGGAAGAGACUCUGAGUUGAGCUCAGACAUUGUUUACCCAUCGCCAGAGUAUCCAGAUCUCCUGAGAAUUUGUGAAAAUGACUGACCCCAGUGUGACUGAGGAGCUUGAUCUGUCCGGAGAUGGAGGUGUCAAGAAGAAAAUCCUGAAAGAAGGAGUCGGAGAUGAACUGCCCUCGAAGGGCUGUCGAGUAUCUCUGCAUUACACCGGAACUCUCCUCGAUGGGACUCAGUUUGACUCGAGUGUGGAACGAGGGGUUCCCUUUGAGUUUGAACUGGGCCGGGAGAGUGUCAUUAAGGCCUUCGAUAUGGGCGUAGCAACGAUGCGGAAGGGUGAAAAGUGCAUCCUGACAUGUGCUCCGGAAUAUGCCUAUGGCUCUGCCGGGAGUGGUCCCAAUAUCCCUCCAAAUGCCACACUGCAAUUUGAGCUGGAGAUGCUGAGUUGGGAAUUGGAAGAUCUCAGUCCGGGACAUAACAAAGGCAUCCUGAGGGCAGUGGUGAAGGCGAGUGAGAAAAAACGAACACCCAAUGAAUUUGCCCACGUGCACGUGCAUCUCGUGGGAAAGCAUGAGGAGCGAGUGUUUGAGGAUCGGGAGGUUAAGUUUGAUCUCGGCAUGGGGACUGACUUUGGAGUGGUGUCAGGAGUGGAAAUAGCUCUUGAAAAGUUCCGUCAAUACGAAACAUCCCGUCUCAUUCUCAAGCCUGAAUUUGCUUUUGGAUCUCAGGGUAAUCAGGAAUUUGGUAUCCCACCAAAUGCCACUGUGGAGUACACAGUGACUCUGAAGGAGUUUGAGCGUGCCCAGGAUACCUGGUUGCUGGACAAGGAAGAAAGUCUGCAACAGGCUCAGUUGUUCAAGGACAAAGGGGCCAAGUACAUCAAGGAGGAAAAAUACCAAGUGGCCAUUAAAAUGCUCAAUCGCAGCAACGAUUACCUCUCGAAUUGCUCAGCCGAAGAUGCUAAAGUCCUCAAGACUGCCGUAUUCCUGAACAAGGCUCUCUGCUACCAGAAACUGGAUGACCAUUUAGAAGUCAAAAUGGCCUGCGACAGUGUCCUGGAGAUGAACAAUAAGUCCGUUAAGGCGUACUAUCGCAGGGGACAGGCUCAGAUGGCUUUGGGAUUCUUGGAGAAGGCCCUGGAGGACUUCAAAGAGGUUCAACAAUUGGAACCGUCGAAUAAAGCGGCUCAGAAUCAAAUAACGUGGAUUAAGCAAAAAUUAAAGGAAGCAACUGAGAAAGAGAGGAAGAUUUAUGCAAAUAUGUUCACAAAAUUCGCUAAUGCUGACAAACAGCGAGAAGAAUCGGAACGGAAUCAACAGAAUACGGAUGUUCUGUCGUCGUGCGGUGAAUGGAAUGCUCCGGAAGACACCAUGAAAAAUGUUCAUCCCAACAUUGUUAUGCUCAAUAAUGUUGAUGAUAAGUAAUUCCAUCGCAUCAAUUUUCAUUUUCAACAAAAGAAAAGAAAAAUUAUAAUAAAUCAUUUGGCGAUUAAUUGUAUAAUCGAAAUUAUUUCAUUUAUAAUCAAACAUUAUCUUUCUUUCUUCAUAUUAUAAUUGUAAUAUCGCUGAAAUUUCAAUAUUUGAAGAAAAAUAUAAAAAAAAAACUACUUGUAAUGGUUUCUCUUUGUAAUUCACGUUGUAAUUUACAGGCAUUUUUUAUACCUCAAAAAAUAUCUGUGCGUGUUAAUUCCAUUUAAAUGAAAGAAAAAAAAAUGAAGAUAAAUUAAAAAUAAUAGUGUUUGCUGUAGAUUAAAUAUUGUAAUUGAAUAAAGAGAAUCGCAAUAUAAA